AUGGUUGACGAACUUUCAACACAGACGCCAGAGAUUGCCGCCUUAUCGAUCUCAUCGGUGAAGUCUGGCUACCAAAACUUGCCCUUUAUUGGCAAGGAGGCCCAGUUUGAAAAAGUGCUUGAUCUCAUUGAUAAGUACGGAUUCAUCCCAGAGAACCUGAUCGAGUCUGAAGCUCGCUGGUUCUAUGAGAGCUUGGGAAUUGAUGACGUUUACUUCGAGAGAGAAACUGUGGAGGGAAUCGUGUCGCACAUCCAUGCGCUGUACUCAGCGAAGUUGGAUGCGUUUGCCAGAAGCGACCUCGAUUCGCCUUUUAUCCACCAUAAGCGUGAGUCUAAGGACCACGCGGUUUACUUCGAUACGUCUGUCCCGGGCACAAACGAGUUCAAGCUCACAAACUACGAAGAGCGCAUCGAUGACAACUACUUGGACCAGCUGGCAGACGGGACUUACCGUGUUGAGUCGUUCAACGCGCCAUUGAUUUUGAACAAUGAGCAGUUCAACUCGGAAAGUUCCACCAAGACAGUCCGCGCUCAUUUCGUCUACAAGAACAAAUUUGAGAAGGGAUCGAUCUACGACGUUACGUUCUCGAAGAUCAUUUCCCCAAACACCAAGAAGCUUUACAACGGUAUCAUUGAAGAGGUGUUGAAACAGACCGCGGGUCCAAUCAUCAAACAUUUCCCCGUGGAGAACUCGGAUGAACACCGCAUCAUAAUCGGGUACAAGCAACACACAACGAAAAAGUACUUUUCCGCAUUGUCCGCUUUGAUCAACUACUACAAGUUGGACUUGUCGAGAAAAUAUGUUGAAAACUUCUCCAACGGAGUCACUGUCAUCUCCGUCUACUUGAAACAGAGCCUGAAUGCCGACCCUUCCUCAAUCUAUCAAUUGAUCAAGGAGGCUUCGUUGCUCUACUGUAUUCCACAUGGGUUCUUCUUUGAGGCAUUCGCCAACAAUGAGCUCUCAAUUCAAGAAUCCGUCUACGCACACUGUGGUGGAAUCUUUGUCACACAUUUCUUGAACAGAUUAGGUGCGGAAUAUCAGUCUUUGUUGAAAUUACUCAGCCCUAAUGAAUCCCAUCAGGUUGCAGAGGUUCUUUCAUCAUUGAAGAAGAGAUUGAGAUCUGAAACGUUUACACAGUCAUUUAUCUUUGAUGUCUUUAACCGCUACAAGUCAAUCAUAUCUCAGUUAUUCCGUUCGUUCGCUGAUGUUCACUACAUUAGAUCCAACUUGGAGAAGACUCUAUCCUAUCAAAGACUCUCAAAGAUAUCCCCAAUCAGAUCAGAGGAAGAGUUUGAGAAAUUGCUACUGGCAAAUGUCUUUAACGAAAAUGACGCCCUCGUAUUGAGAGCGUUGUUCAUGUUUAACAAAUCUGUACUCAAGACAAACUUCUUUGUCUCCACAAAGGUUGCUAUAUCUUUCAGACUGGAUCCGUCAUUCUUGUCAAAACUCGAGUACCCAGAUACUCCGUUUGGUCUUUUCUUCUUGGUUGGUGCCGAGUUUAGAGGCUUCCAUAUCAGAUUUAGAGACAUCGCAAGAGGUGGUAUCCGUAUUGUUAGAUCCAGAUCUAAGGAUGCGUAUGAAACCAACGUUAGAAACUUGUUUGACGAGAACUACAACUUGGCUUCCACUCAACAGAGAAAGAACAAAGAUAUUCCGGAAGGUGGUUCUAAGGGUGUUAUCUUGUUAGACUUGGAUGCUCAAGAGAAUCCAAAGACUGGAUUUGAAAAAUACAUUGAUGCGUUGAUUGAUUUGCUGAUCAAGGAUGAUACCCCGGGUAUCAAGGACCCUAUUGUUGAUCUCUACAACAAGCCUGAAAUUUUGUUCUUGGGUCCAGAUGAAGGUACUGCUGGUUACACCGAUUGGGCAACUUUGCAUGCUAAGAAAAGGGGUGCUCCAUGGUGGAAGUCGUUCCUGACUGGUAAGUCUCCAUCUCUUGGUGGUAUUCCUCACGAUGAAUAUGGUAUGACAUCUUUGUCUGUAAGAGCUUAUGUUGCAAAGAUUUAUGAAAGAUUGCACCUACAAGAUACAACCAUCACAAAGUUCCAAACGGGUGGUCCAGAUGGUGAUUUGGGAUCCAACGAGAUCUUACUUUCCACACCAAACGAAUCAUAUGUUGGUAUUGUUGAUGGAUCUGGUGUCCUCUGUGAUCCAAAGGGUUUGAACAAGGAUGAAUUGAUCCGUUUGGCUAAAAAGAGAGCCAUGAUCAAUGAAUACAACAGCUCAUUGCUAUCACCAGAAGGAUUUGUUGUUACUGUGGAUGAUAAAGAUGUGACGUUGCCAAGCGGUGAAGUUAUAACAAAUGGUGUGUACUUCAGAAACUUGUUCCACUUGAACAUCGCUAAGUACAUUGGCCCAAUUGAUUUGUUUGUGCCUUGUGGUGGCCGUCCAGCAGCAAUUGACAUUGACACUGUUGAUCAUUUGUUAGAUUCUAAUGGUCAUAGUAUUAUCAAGUACAUUGUUGAAGGUGCAAACUUGUUCAUCACUCAACAAGCAAAGAUAGAGUUGGAGAAAGCCGGUGCUGUUGUAUUCAAGGACGCAUCGACCAACAAGGGUGGUGUUACAUCAUCAUCUGCGGAAGUUAUGGCUUCUCUUGUCCUCACAGACUCUCAAUUCAUCAAGGACUUCAAAGCUGGUACGGAUUUCUACAAGGCUUAUGUGAAACAAGUCCAAGAGCUCAUUGUUGCCAACGCUGAUAAGGAGGCUGCUGCACUUUUGCACUACAGAGAUGUCACUGGUAAGACCUUAUCAGAAUCUUCGGAUUUGUUGUCUAAUGAUAUCAACCAUUUGUGUGAUUUGAUUUCAAAGAGUGACGAUCUGUGGAAUGACUUGACAUUGCGUAAGAAGAUCUUUGAACAUGGUAUCCCACAGCUUCUCUUGGAAGAGGCUGGCUCUGUUGAUGAGGUUUUGGCCAGAUUGCCAGAGGCUUACUCUAGAUCAUUGUUUGCUACAAAAAUUGCAACCCAGUAUGUCUAUGAAGGCCAUGAUACACAGAACGUUAUUGAAUUGUUGGAGUUCUUGAAGAGAUUGAGCAAGUAA